CAAGGCAAGCCCAGAGAGCAAGUGUUUUUUUUUUAAUUUAAACGCCAAACUUUUAUGAAAUUAUUACGUGUACUUAAUACUUGCACAGGCUGGGCUAUCAAAAUCACCGCCAACUUAGCUUGGUUUGACUCUACCUAUUUUAUACUACUCUUUGCUCUACGGGAUUGAACUUACAGAAAAAAAACUUACUCUUGACAAGGCAGUAUGGCUUAGAGUUAUAGUCUAACCAGAUGGAUGAAAAAAAAAUUUGCAAAUGUCAAACAUUCUCCCUCUUCCAUCACAUCACAACGUAGUGAUAUGCUCUUUGGUAGUGAUUAUAUGCUCUUUGACAGUGUGCUGCGGCGAGUGUAAAUAGAAUAAAUAUAAAAAUAACGUUUUCCUCAGGGGAAAAUAUAAUAAAACCUUACCAUGAUUUCGUCUGAUAAAACAUGAAUUCUAAGCCGAUGCUAUAAAAAAGGCACUUGUUCAAAUUAUGGCAGUCAUUAAAUGGAGGCUGAAGUGGCGAGAAAUCAUCCCAAGAAUAAGGGAUUAUACAGCAUGGAAGUACGCUGAACUGGUGCUGACAGCUCGCUCCCUCACAUACAAUGAACACAUGAGUCAAAGUUAUGCUGUAGAUUUUUUGUUAGAACCCAUCUUUUGGUUUGUUGACAAUUUUGCCAGUUAUUUAGGGAGGGUGUUUGUGUUCUGUGUAACAGUAUUGACCACUGCUGUUGUGGCCAUAGCAUACUGGGUCGGGCUUCCAUACUGGUGGCAUAGAAGUCCAUAUACUACUGUGUUCCUGGUCAUCUUUGGCAAUUGGCUAUUGCUCAAUAUUGUUUUCCAUUACUAUAUGGGUGUGGCUACUUCCCCAGGAUAUCCUCCUCAUGGUUCAAUGAUAGCGGAAGCUGCUAGCAUCUGCAAGAAAUGUAUAUCUCCAAAACCUCCCCGGACGCAUCAUUGCUCCGUGUGCGACCGCUGCGUGCUGGCCAUGGACCACCACUGUCCAUGGCUCAACAACUGCGUGGGCUACUAUAACGCGCGUCACUUUUACCUGUACAUGGCGUACAUGGUGGCGGGCGUCGCCUUCGUCAUCAUUGCUGGGAUUGAUAUAGGAUAUCAAGUCAUAUGGGUGAAUGACACUGGUGGAAUCAUUCCACACAACGACCCUGACCUUAUUGGGCACCCAGUCCGCAUGAACCAGAGUGGAGUGUUGGUCCCAGUGAAGGUUAUAGUCGAGUACGACUCCGUCAACUCGCCGCGCGAGCACGAGCUGCCCGUGCCGCCCAUCACGGAAACACAGCGCAUCGCCGCACACCCCUGGAAGCGAAAAGCUGUCGUAUUCAUGGCCUUUACCUGUGUGUCUGUAUUAUUAGCUCUAGGAACAUUAACUAUCAUGCACGGAAAGAACGUGGGUAGGGGUGAAACGAGCGUGGAAGCUCAUAUUAACGCGUCCCUAAGGAAAACGCAGGGCGACUCGUUUAGGAACCCUUACGAUUUUGGGCGGAGGAAGAAUUGGAAGUUGUUCCUCGGGCUGACGCAGGGUAGAACGUUCGCGCGGCACGUGCUGCUGCCGUCGCGGCACGCGCCCGCGGGCUCUGGGCUCACGUGGCACACAGUCCACGAUACAGCUGAAGACUGGCCGUGAAAGGCUUCAAUCUGCAUUUAUUUAUCAUUUAGUUUGUACUAGACCGUUUUAUGAGUAAUUAUCGCUCGAUAUUUUAUAAAACAUUUCUCAAACUCUAA